AUUGUCUUGAUCAGGAAAGAGAGACUCCGUCGAUGGCGACCACCGUCUUAUGUGGCGGAGGAGGAGAUGUUGACGGUUGCGAUGGAGAGAGAAGCCUGGAUCUGUUACCGGCGGCUCUCUUGGAGACUAUAAUGACGAAGCUUGACGUUGCGUCUCUCUGCUCGUUGGCUUCUACUUGCAAAACACUUAAGAGCUGUGUUACUCGUGUCCUUACCUUCACUCCUAACUUCCACAUCUUCAAUGUUUCAUUGUCGAUGGAAACUGUUAGACCAUUGUUGUUUCCGAAUCAACAACUUUCAAGUCUCAAGCUUGAUUGUGGAAGGCUUGGUAAUUCAGCUAUUGAUAUAUUGGUACGUCCUUCUCUGAGGGAGAUUUCUCUUCACAAUUGUCGCGAUUUCAGCGGAGAUCUUAUCUCUGAAAUCGGUAGGAAAUGCAAGGAUUUGAGGCUCCUAUGUUUGGGUUCAGUGGCGGAGAAAGUUGGUCGAAGUAUUAGCCGUUGUGCUUUCGAAGAUUUACUAAACGGUUGCUCCCAUUUAGAGGUUUUAGCACUCAUGUUUGACCUCUCAUUGUAUCUGCGUCCUGGUGAUGGUCGCAUUUUUGGAUUGGUAUCUGAUAAAUUGACUCAUCUGGAGCUAGGACACAUCUCGUCAAGGAUGAUGACUCAACUACUUACAUCAACUGAAAUCUCGGGGCAAGACAGCAGCCGGGUUACAUCUACUGUGCUACAAAAUGUCCAGCAGUUGCGCCUCUCAGUGGAUUGCAUUACUGAUGCUGUGGUUAAGGCGAUAUCGAAAUCUCUUACAUCUUUGAUAGAUUUGGACAUAAGAGAUGCGCCCCUUGAGGAUCCAAGGCAACUAUCAGACCUGACGGAUUUUGGGCUUCAUGAGAUUAAUCAAAACGGUAAGCUGAAGCACCUCUCUCUAAUCCGUAGCCAGGAGUUUCACCCUACUUACUUCCGGCGAGUUAGUGAUCAAGGAAUGCUUUUUCUUGCUGACAAAUGCUUGGGCAUGGAAAGCAUUUGUCUUGGUGGCUUUUGUCGGGUAACAGAUGCUGGUUUCAAGACUAUUCUGCACUCUUGCGCUAGCCUCUCUAAGUUUAGCAUAUAUCAUGGACCUAAGUUGACAGAUCUUGUCUUCCAUGACAUCUUAGCAACUACUCUAUCGCUUAGUCAUGUUAGCUUAAGAAGGUGCCAUCUUCUUACGGACCACGCAAUUCAAAAGUUGGCAUCAAGUCUUAAACUGGAGAAUCUUGACCUCAGAGGGUGCAGAAACCUGAGGGAUGAAACCUUAAAAGCUGUGUCUCAUCUGCCAAAACUGAAGGUUUUACUUCUUGAUGGCACCGAUAUUAGCGACACGGGGCUUUCUUACCUAAAAGAGGGAGUUUUGGACUCCUUAGUUUCUUUAUCUGUCAGAGGGUGCAGAAAUUUAACAGAUAAGUUCAUGUCUACCUUAUUUGACGGAUCCUCAAAACUGGCGUUGCGUGAACUCGACUUGUCUAAUCUUCCUAAUCUAACGGAUGCUGCCAUUUUUGCUCUAGCAAAAUCUGGAGCCCCAAUCACAAAACUGCAACUAAGAGAGUGUAGACUCAUAGGGGAUGCCUCAGUCAUGGCUCUUGCAUCUACACGGGUUUACGAAGACGAAUGUCCUGGAAGUAGCUUGUGUUUAUUGGAUCUUUACGACUGUGGAGGCAUCACGCAGCUCUCAUUCAAAUGGCUAAAGAAACCAUUUUUCCCGAGGCUUAAAUGGUUAGGGAUCACAGGAAGUGUAAACAGAGAUAUCGUAGAUGCUUUGGCGAGGAGACGAUCACAUUUACAGGUCUCUUGCCGUGGAGAAGAGCUUGGAAAUGAUGGGGAAGACGACUGGGACUCUGCAGACAUACACCAACACAUAGAAGCACAAGAAGAUGAGCUUGAACAAUGGAUUCUUGGCGAUGAAGUUGUUGUUGUUCUAAUCAUCUCAUGUUUCGUGAACGUUUGAAAUUCCUUCAAAUCUCAUAGCUCAUACAAACAAAUUCGAAGCCCCGGUGAUCAAAGCGAGCCAAGCCCUGAACAUCUUCCUAUCCUCCACGAUCACGAUCACCAUCCUGACCAUUCCAGCAUGGUCAUCGAUGACCCGAAACCCGAAAGCACUCGUUCUAGCCUCGACGAUGGUCGUAACGCACCUGUAGAACGUGAUGCCAGUUACAAAUUUUGGCAAGACAACACUGGAACAUCCACGGAUGACACGGCGGUGAGAACAAGUGAUAAAGAUCCAAUCGCUAAUAUUCGAAAAGGCGAUAGAUUAAGCGGUAGUUUCGAUUUCGCGCACGGGAAGCUACCGGUUGAGGAGUCUCCAACGAAAAUGGUCGCUGGAGAACCUAUGAAUCGACAAUGGAGAGGUAGAAAUAAUGAAGAGAUCACACUUGAUGUUGAUCAAGAAAAUGAUGAUGUAAGUCACCAGACAAUGCCUACGCCUACAUCAACGGCUCGAACCUCGUUUGAUGCGUCUAGAGAAUUGCGAGUCUCUUUUAACGUUCGUAGAGCGGGUGGUACGUUUGUUGCUGGUUCGGUUCCUUCUUCGUCUUCUCAUUCGACUACUUCUUCGUCCGCUACAAUGCGGACGAAUCAGGAGCAGCCACAACAGCAGGAGGAUGAGGUUGUGAGAUGUACUUCGAACAUGUCGUUUCAGAGGAAAUCAGAGCUUAUUUCGAGAGUUAAGACUAGGUCUAGGCUUCAAGAUCCGCCACGUGAGGAAGAAACGCCUUACUCGGGUUGGAGAUCGGGUCAGUUGAAAUCGGGGUUACUUGGUGAUAUUGAUGAAGAGGAUGAUCCAUUAGCGGAAGAAGAUGUACCAGAUGAGUAUAAAAGAGGGAAGCUUGAUGCCAUUACACUGCUCCAGUGGCUUAGCUUAAUCGCUAUUAUAGCUGCAUUGGCGUGUAGUUUGUCGAUUCAGUCUUGGAAGAAAGUUAGAGUUUGGAACCUUCAUCUUUGGAAAUGGGAAGUGUUCUUGUUGGUUCUUAUAUGUGGGAGGUUGGUUUCGGGUUGGGGAAUCCGAAUCGUUGUCUUUUUUAUCGAAAGAAACUUCCUUUUGCGAAAACGUGUUCUUUACUUCGUAUAUGGUGUGCGUAGAGCUGUUCAGAAUUGCCUCUGGCUCGGCCUAGUUCUUCUCGCUUGGCAUUUCUUGUUCGAUAAGAAAGUACAAAGAGAGACAAGGAGCAGGUUUCUUCCUUACGUUACUAAAAUCUUGGUGUGUUUCUUGUUAAGCACUAUCUUGUGGUUGAUCAAGACACUAGUGGUUAAAGUUCUGGCCUCUUCUUUCCACGUCAGUACUUACUUUGAUCGGAUUCAAGAAGCGUUGUUUAACCAGUAUGUGAUCGAGACGUUAUCGGGUCCUCCCAUGCUUGAAAUGAGCAGGAUUGAAGAAGAGGAAGAGCGGGCGCAAGACGAGAUCUUCAAGAUGCAGAACGCGGGUGCUAAUUUACCUCCUGAUCUUUGCGCGGCUGCUUUUCCACCUGGUAAAAGCGGGAGAGUGUUGAAUCCGAAGCUCUCCCCGAUCAUCCCGAAAACCACAACUGAUAACGGAAUCAGCAUGGAACACCUUCACAGGAUGAAUCAUAAGAACAUCUCAGCUUGGAACAUGAAAAGGCUAAUGAAGAUUGUGAGAAAUGUUUCCCUCACCACAUUGGACGAACAGAUGCUUGAAAGCACGUACGAAGAUGAAUCCACCCGACAAAUACGAAGCGAAAAAGAAGCAAAAGCAGCUGCAAGGAAGAUUUUCAAGAACGUUGAGCAACGUGGCGCAAAGUACAUUUACCUAGAGGAUUUGAUGAGAUUUUUGCGGGAAGACGAGGCGAUGAAGACCAUGGGCCUCUUCGAAGGUGCACCGGAGACCAAAAGGAUUAGCAAAUCAGCCUUAAAGAACUGGCUGGUCAAUGCUUUCAGAGAGCGACGAGCUCUUGCCCUGACACUCAACGACACCAAGACAGCAGUGAACAAGCUCCAUCACAUGAUUAAUAUUGUCACUGCCAUUGUCAUUGUAGUCAUAUGGCUUGUCCUUCUUGAAAUUGCUUCCUCCAAGGUACUUCUCUUUGUAAGUUCACAAGUUGUACUCUUGGCCUUCAUUUUUGGAAACACAGUCAAGACCGUCUUCGAGUCCAUCAUCUUCUUAUUCAUCGUACACCCUUACGAUGUUGGUGAUCGCUGUGAGAUCGACAGUGUACAGUUGGUGGUAGAGGAGAUGAACAUACUCACUACGGUGUUCUUGAGAUACGACAAUCUCAAGAUUAUGUAUCCGAAUAGUCUUUUGUGGCAAAAAUCAAUCAACAAUUACUACCGCAGUCCGGACAUGGGAGAUGCAAUCGAGUUCUGUGUCCACAUUACUACUCCUCUUGAAAAGAUCGCCGUGAUCAAACAGAGAAUAUCAAACUACAUCGACAACAAGCCAGAGUAUUGGUACCCACAAGCCAAAAUCAUUGUAAAAGAUUUGGAAGAUUUGCACAUAGUAAGACUAGCAAUAUGGCCAUGUCAUAGGAUUAAUCACCAAGACAUGGCUGAAAGAUGGACAAGAAGAGCCGUCUUAGUCGAAGAAGUGAUCAAGAUCCUCCUCGAACUCGACAUUCAACACCGGUUUUAUCCACUCGAUAUCAAUGUACGAACAAUGCCUACCGUUGUCUCUAGCAGAGUCCCACCUGGCUGCUCGUAUAAACAGAUUAUAAGCACGGGAGACCAAACCGAGAAGACGAAGAAGAAGAAGAAGAAACUCUCGGUUCUUGACGAUGAAGAUGAUCAUACUAACCACAUUGCUAAAACUCAGAGCUCUGGUUCUAGCUUUGAUGGUCAUAGCUACAAGUUCUGGGAAGACAUUGCACCCGAUGAUCACUUGCGAAACCGGAAGAGCGGGAGUUUUGAUUUCCCGCAAUUCCGUGAGGAGAUCACACUCGAUGUGAACGACGAAACAGAGGAAACAGAGGAUAUAAGCAACAACAACAAUAUCUCCGGUUCGAAAGAAACGAGAGUCUCUUUCAAAAUCAACAGUUCAGGAACCAAUAAUAUGUCUGGUUCGGUACGUUCUUGUACGUCUUCCACUUCUUUUUCUUCGGCAACAAUGCGGAUGAAUUUAGAGCAGCAGUUAGAGGAGGAAGGAGAGGUAGUUGUAAGAUGUUCAUCGAUGAGGAAAUCAGAGCUAGUUUCAAGGGCGAAGGCGAGAUCGAGGUUGAUAGAUCCGCCACAAGAAGAGGAACAACAGUAUUCGAGUUGGAUCGGGACAUCGGAUCAGUUAAGAUCCGGUUUACUUGGGAGACAGUCCGAUGAUAUUGAGGAAGAAGAUGAUUCUUUGGCUGAGGAAGAUGUUCCACAGGAAUAUCGAAGGUUGAAAAUGGACGCGAUAACAUUGCUUCAAUGGCUGAGCUUGAUCGCACUCGUAGUUGCGUUAGUGUUGAGUCUAGCGCUUCAUACGUGGAGAAAUGCAACUCUUUGGAGCCUUCAUCUGUGGAAAUGGGAAGUGGUCUUGUUGGUUCUCAUCUGCGGGAGGCUGGUUUCGGGAUGCGGGAUACGAAUCAUUGUCUUCUUUAUCGAAAGAAAUUUCUUGUUGAGGAAACGGGUUCUUUACUUCGUCUAUGGUGUGAAGACCGCUGUUCAGAACUGUCUCUGGCUCGGCCUCGUACUUCUUGCUUGGCAUUUCUUGUUUGACAAGAAAGUAGAAAGGGAAACACAGAGCGAUGUUCUUCUUCUCGUGUCCAAAAUCUUGGUGUGUUUCUUGUUGAGCACCGUCUUGUGGCUGAUCAAGACACUGGUGGUGAAAGUUCUAGCCUCUUCGUUCCACGUUAGUACCUAUUUUGAUCGGAUUCAAGAAGCUCUGUUUCAUCAUUACUUGAUCGAGACGUUAUCUGGACCUCCAAUGCUUGAAUUGAGCAGGAUUGAGGAAGAGGAAGAUCGGGCGCAAGAAGAGAUCCUCAAGAUGCAGAAAGGAGGAGCCGAUUUAUCACCCGAACUUUGUUCCGCUGCGUUUCCACAGGAAAAAAGCGGGAGUACAAUGAACACAAAGUUCUCUCCAAUCAUCCCAAAGACGGGAACUGAUAACGGAAUCACAAUGGAUGAUUUACACAAGAUGAAUCAGAAAAAUGUUUCAGCUUGGAACAUGAAGAGGCUGAUGAAGAUUGUGAGAAAUGUUUCCCUGACUACAUUGGACGAACAAGCGCUUCAAAACACAUCUGAAGAUGAAUCCACCCGACAGAUACGUAGCGAAAAAGAAGCUAAAGCAGCUGCAAGAAAGAUUUUCAAGAACGUAGCUCAACCUGGUACAAAACACAUCUACUUGGAGGACUUGAUGAGAUUUCUGCGAGUAGACGAGGCGAUGAAGACAAUGUGUCUCUUCGAAGGUGCAUUAGUGACCAAAAAGAUUACCAAAUCAGCCUUGAAGAACUGGCUGGUCAAUGCUUUCAGAGAAAGAAGAGCACUUGCCUUGACACUCAAUGACACCAAAACAGCAGUGAACAAACUACAUCAUAUGAUUAGUUUUCUCACUGCCAUUGUCAUUGUAGUCAUAUGGUUAAUCCUUCUUGAAAUCGCCACUUCCAAGUAUCUUCUCUUUUUAACUUCACAAGUUGUACUCUUAGCCUUCAUGUUUGGGAACUCUCUCAAGACCGUCUUCGAGUCAAUUAUCUUCCUCUUCAUUAUUCAUCCUUACGAUGUUGGUGAUCGGUUACUCAUCGACACUAUAGAGAUGGUGGUGGAGGAAAUGAACAUUCUGACAACAGUGUUUUUGAGAGCUGACAAUCUGAAGAUUGUGUAUCCGAAUAUUCUUCUGUGGCAGAAAGCAAUUCACAAUUACCACCGUAGUCCGGACAUGGGAGAUGAAGUAACAUGUUGUGUCCACAUUACUACUCCUCCUGAAAAGAUUGCUGCAAUCAAACAAAGAAUAUCGAGCUACAUUGAUAGCAAGCCAGAGUAUUGGUAUCCAAAAGCUGAUAUCAUUGUAAAAGAUGUGGAAGAUUUGAACAUUGUGAGGAUAGCAAUAUGGCUGUGUCAUAAAAUUAACCAUCAAAACAUGGGAGAAAGAUUCACAAGAAGGGCGUUGUUGGUCGAAGAAGUAAUCAAAAUCCUCCUCGAACUCGAUAUUCAGUACCGGUUUCAUCCACUUGACAUCAAUGUCAAAACCAUGCCAAUGGUUGUCUCGAGCAGAGUUCCACCUGGCUGGUCACAAAACCCUGAUUCAGGGUAAUUAGCUAGAGAUGAUGUGUGCCUUUUCUUUCUGUGGCCAAAACAUUUUGGGUGUAAACUGUGUUAUCUAAAGUGCAUGAGAGACAACAAACUGUGAUUUAGUAUGAGGGUGUUGUAUAUAUAUGAAGGUGAAAGCAAAUAAGGGAUCAUAAACUUG